CUCAGAGAGCUAUAUAAAAGUCUGUUACAUUGCGCUCGAUAUCAAAUCGUUUUAGUACUCGCGAGUGUCUCAUUUCUUUUUUUUGCGUAGAAGAAUAUAAAUCAAAUGAAGAUCUUGGUGUUUUUAGUAGCGACACUAGUGGUCGUGAAAGCUUAUCGAUACGGACGAUUUCAAAGAUCACCUCAACAUCGAAGACCAUUUCGUUCCUAUUCUUUGCAUAACGGUGCAUCAAGUUUUAAAUCUCGACGUUCACCACCGUGGGAUUCGUUGCCGCCAUUCAUGAAAGCAGAAAUGAUGAUGAACGAUAUGCCAAUGAUUUUAGAAUCAAAACCAGCAGCUCCCUUACCACAGGAUUUUGAGAUUAAACUCCCGUCAAUUAUUCAUGAUCUUCCAUCGUUACUUCGUAAACCGACAAUUAUUAUCGGUGACAAAAUACCAAUCUUUCAUGGAUCAUCGUUUAUUAUUCGUGAUCCUCCACCAGCAAUGAUGGCUGCAGAUGCUCCGAAAGCACCUGAACCUGCAAUGAUGCCGGCGGCACCUGCACCAAUGAUGCCAGCACCUGAGCCAAUGAUGCCAGAACCUGAACCAAUGAUGGUGCCACCUACACCUGCAGUAGCACCAGCAGCAGCUGCGGCGGAACCUCCGAUGGCGAUGUCAUGUUCCAAACCUCCACCUCCAUCAUAUGGACCAUGGGCAGAUCAAACUUUAUCUCUACCACCAGAAUUCUUUAUGACUGAUGAAUCUAAUCAUUUAAGUGGAGACAUGAAUGGGGCUGGAAUUGUUUGGGAUACUCCUCCAAUUUCUCCCUUGCAUCCCUGGGCAUCGAUGCCAAAAAUGCCAACAAUGGUAGAAAUCACAAGCACUGAAGCACCAGCAACCGAAGCUCCUACGACAACACCGCCACCACCAGAGCCGACAAUGGCACCAGAAAUGACUAGUCCUCCUGUAGAAGCGCCAACAGAUGCUAGUCCUGCUGUACCUAUGAUGCCAGCAAUGAUGCCAGCUAUGAUGCCACCAGAAGCAAUGAGCUUUAUGAUUGCGCCCCCAAGAGCAACGAAGAGCAAUCUCAUUUUCCAACAAUCGACACUACCGGAGACUUUCAAUAUUGUUUCCUUGCAGCAUCACCAAAUUAGUGCUCCAUUCAAACUUGCUUUGCAAAAUGCUCCCGCGGCAGUGGAUAUGAUGAACAUGCCAAUGAUGCCUGCUAUGAUGCCCGAGCCUGUCACAACUACCGCUGCUCCAGUUACCAUGGCACCAGUAGAGACUACUACAGUAGCAGAAACGCCAGCUCCUGUUCCGGUGGAGAAAGUUCAUCCAAAAUUACCUCACAUCCCUGCUGGGUGGCAGCUUGGUGAUUUAGGGGAAAUAGAUUACGGCGCUCAACAAAAUAAUCCUGUUUGGAAGCAAAUGGUUUCAGAGCCUGCAAAGUGGAGUUUAAUUGUGCCACAACAUCGUCGACCUGUACCCACUUCCCUUAAGCAUGGACACGGUUGGUGGUGAGCGUAAAAAUCGACGUAUAUUUUAAUUACAAAGAAAAUUUAAUUAUCAAAUAAUACGACAAAGGACUUUUCCUAGAAGAGAAACUGUUCUGCAGCGCCUUAAAUAUAUUAAAACUAACAAAUUUCUUUGAAAGAAUUUUUGAAAAUAUUCAAGUUAACAAUGUGUAAAAUCUGUAUAUAUUAUGAUAAGACUGUAUAAUUAAUUAUUAACAUUAAUUAUUGAUAUAUAGUUUCUAAGUGAAAAUGUUAAAUAAUGAAUAGAAU